AUGGAUUCUUCAAUUGACCCUACUAUCGACAUUUCUUCACAACCAAGAUAUUCCAGUAUACCUAUGAUAUCUACUACGACUUUUAUAAGUGAAGAAGAACAAUUAAACAUUCAACAAAGAAUAAAUAGAGGGUUCACCACGCCAAUACAUGGUACAACAAGUAAACGUGGUUAUAAAAAACCUUCUAAACCUCGAGAGUUUGCAAAGAGUGCUAAAAAGAGACAGUCAGUGAUGGCACUUGGUAGUAUAACUCACUUGCAACAUUACUAUGCAAAAAGGGAUAUUGAGACGGAUCCAGAUGUUCUUUUAGCUAAUUGUCAUUCAGAUAUACAAACCAUGUUAGAAGCCUGGAGUAUGGUAACAGGAGAAGUGAAAGCAGAAGAAAAUCCAGUUCCGGUAGAUAUAUUAGUAGCUAUUGAAACCACCACCAAAACUAUACAAUCAGUAAAGAAUUAUUCAAUGGUUAAAGAAGAUUUAUCAGAUGAUUCAUUAUCAAAAAUUCGAGUUGUAACAUUGGAAGUUUUAGAAAUGAUUAGUAAUUUAGAAAAAGAACAUCGAUAUGAUGAUACGGAUGAUAGUAGUAGUGAAGAUGGACAUAUAUAUAAAGAAUCAAAUUAUCGAUAUUUAGAUGCGCAACGAGAAUCUUUAAGAAAAUAUUUACAAGUUGUAGAAGAUAAUUUAUUAUUUGAUGAUAAAGAAUUAUAUCAAAAUGUUUCAUAUUUGAGAAGUAGUGAAAUUAAUGGAGUACCGAUAACACCACCAUUAUCACCAGGAUAUCCAUUAUCACCAGGACACCCGAAUAGUGAUUGGAUAAAUCCAGAAGUUUUUGGAGAUAAUUUAAUAGGUAGAUAUCAUGCUUUCUUGGAAGCGCAUCGACCAUCAAAAUCCAAACGAUCUCCAAAUUACACACCACUUCCUAAUCCUAAUGAUGAUAAGACUGAAUUUUUGGCUGCUUUAGCUGAUGGAAAACUUCUUUGUAUCAUCUAUAAUACGGUGAUAAGACGUUCAAAACGACCAUUUGGAUUUAUUGAUAAAAUUCAUGAAGAUACCACAAGAACUUAUCGUGCAACCGAAAAUUUAAAAUUCUUUGCUGCUGCUGUCAAAUUUCGAUUUGAUGUAAAAUUUGAUGAAUUUAAUGCAUCAGAAAUGUUUAAAUUAACAACUACUGGCAAAAUUCAGUUAGAAAAAAUUCUUGGAAUAUUUUGUGAAAAAGCUAUGGAAGAACUCAUAUCAACAGGAUCAUACAAACAACAUCCAUUAUCACGAGUUUCAUCAAUGUAUUUGCAAGAAUCAUUUUCAAAUUCACAAAUACAACUUUUACAACAAGCUACUAAUUCGGCAAAAUUAAAGAAUUUAGAUACGAAGAUGAGUUAUAGACAAUCUUGGGGAUCAUCGGAUUCAAAUUAUUAA